UUUACCAGUGCCCGUUCACGUUUGCACAGUUUCUUUCUAAAACUGCAUUAUCCGGUUUGCUAAAAGUCAACCAAUAGGUCCAGUUUCUUCAGGGUUGGGUUUCUUAGGUCAAAGAUGAAGUUUUUCUUGAAGGGUUUAGGGAUGGAAGUCGUUGAACAAGCGACAGUCAGGCACGGUUGCCAUUGGCAACACGGAGGGGUCCUGGCUGUGUUUGGAGACAGUGCGCCAUGUUAUAACAGGUGGCUGAGUGACCAAUCGCAAAGCUUUCUCCUAAAAUCACACCGACUCGUUCGCAAAGGUUUUCUCUUUUCCCUGAUCUGUUGCUACGGACAUACGUGAUUGUCUCCGAUAAACGUUUGUUGGAUGUUCGGCUUAAAGCGAGAGGAUCCGGCGCUUCUUCAUUGGGGGCAUGUGAGACCCGGGCGCUACAGAUGUGAGAGUAACUCACGUUCGGUCGCUUCGGACCCGACACCGCUGGGGACCAUGGAGGGUGGGCCUGACGUGUAUCGCAGAUACGUCUGGGGGCCGCGCAAGCCUGCCAAAGCAAAGAACCCUUUGCAGGAUCCGAGCCACUGGACAACCGGCAAAUAUUCCCUCCACAAUGACUACAAUCCCCGCGCCACGUACCCUCCGAGUACAGGGGGUCGUAGUUCGUUUGGGCGGGCGCCCCAAUCCGGUUCUGGGACGUUCGGUCCCCCCAAACGGACCAACAGCCACACUGUCCACUCUGACAACAGCCCUCUCAAACCGAAAGUCAUCACGGUCGUGCGUAACGGCGACCGACCGAGAACUAAGAUCACGAUUCUCCUGAAUCGUCGGUCGGUACAGACUUUCGAACAGCUGAUCGCUGACAUAUCCGAGGCCCUCGGUCAGCCGAGGUGGAAAAACAACCACGUGAAGAAACUCUACAACCUAAAGGGAAGGGAAGUGAAAGGGAUCGGGGAUUUCUUUCGAGAGGAUGACAUGUUUAUUGCGACGGGUAGGGAACAGAUAACUACAAGCGAUGUGCAAGACAUUCUGGAGGAGGUCUUUCCUGAUAGCCCUUACGCUCAGAACCUUGUAAGACGAAAUCAAGGCAAACAGAAGGCACGUCGGCAAAACCACGAUUUCAGACAUGACCCUGGUCUACUAGAGGUGGACAGGGAAAGACGGGAACGAAUCAGCAGAGUUGAAAAGGAGAGAGAACUUGCCAGACAGAUGGAGAGAGAGAGGGAAAGAGCAAAGGAGGACGAGAGAGAGAAGGCAAGAAGAUGGGAGGAGGAGAGAAGACGAAAAGAACAGAAGGCGUUAGGAGAGAAUGCGAAGAAAAAUACGAGGAAAAAGGCUGGCCAAGAUCAAGGACUUGCAGACUAUAGACUCUGGAUGGAACAGAAAGAGAGAGAGUGGCAGAGAGAAAUUGAGGAGAGAGAGCGGAUGUGGAGGGAGGAGGAGAGACAGUGGAGGGAGAUGAUGGAGGAAAGGGAGAGAAUGUGGCAUGAUGAGGAUGAGCAGAGGAGAAGAAGAUGGAGAGAGGAGGACAUAGAGAGAGAGAGAAGAAUCCGUGAAGAAGAGAUUGAGAGAGAACGAAGGAAGUGGCAAGAUGAACUUGAGAGGGAACGGAGAAGGAGAGUUGAGGAAGAGAGACAGCUGGAGAUCAUGCGAGACGAAGAGCGGCUCCAACAGGAGAAGGAAAGAGAGAGGAUCAGGAAGCAAUGGGAGGAUGAGGAUCGAAGGAGGGAACGAGAGAGACAGGAAGAGAGGAGGCGGUGGGGUGAGGAUGACCACCGGCCGGGAGGGAGAUGGAAGCCGGAGAGAAGAACAGACGGACACAAUCAGAACGGACACAACUGGUCGGACGACGAGGAUCUCUCGCGACUGCAGGACGGUUUGGAAGGGAGGCGGAACUAUCCGGACGGUCCCCGCGCGAAGUCGUCAAAAGAUCAGCAUGGCAACAAGAAGGCGAAGAGCAGGGCUUUCACGAUGGGCGACGACACGAAGGGGUACCGACCAAAGACGUGGCUGUCAAAGCACAAGGUGGACCCGCGCAAACAGGUCACUGAGAAAGAGAUGAAAGCGCGAUACGAGAUCGGUAAGACGAUCGGAGACGGGAACUUCGCAGUCGUCAAGGAGGCCAAGCUGAAGAACACGGACUCUGAGUACGCCUUGAAGAUCAUCGACAAGUCCAAGUUAAGAGGGAAGGAGGACAUGGUGGAGAAUGAGAUCGCCAUCAUGAAACACUGUCAGCACGAGAACAUCGUGCAGCUGUUCGAAGAGUACGAGUCUGAACACGACAUCUAUCUGGUGAUGGAAUACGUGAAGGGCGGGGACCUGUUCGACGCGAUCACGGAGAGCGUGAAGUUUACGGAGAGGGACGCAGCCUCGAUGGUGAAGGACUUGGUCAGUGCUCUGGCCUUUCUGCACAGUAAGAACAUUGUACACAGGGACCUCAAGCCGGAAAACCUGCUGGUCCAGAAGAACCGAGACGGCACUGCGACCUUGAAGCUGGCGGACUUCGGCCUGGCCAUGGAGGUCAUUGAACCCAUCUUCACUGUCUGCGGAACCCCCACCUACGUAGCACCUGAGAUUCUGGGGGAGGAAGGUUACGGCCUGGAAGUGGACAUGUGGGCCACAGGCGUGAUCACGUACAUCCUGCUCUGUGGUUUCCCUCCGUUCCGGAGUCUGGAGCGGGACCAGGAGGAGCUGUUCCAGAUCAUCCAGACGGGAGAGUACGAGUUCCUGUCUCCCUACUGGGACAACAUCUCCGACUCUGCCAAAGACCUGAUUAACCACCUGCUUGUGGUGGAGCCUCAGCAGAGGUACACGGCACAGCAGGUCCUGGCGCACCCCUGGAUACGCAGCGAGGGCAACUUCAAGACCGUCCCAAACCUACAACGAGAGAUCACCCUGAACUUGGAGAAGAACUUCAAGCACAGGCCGAGGAACGGGCACAUCUAAGACAUGAGAGUAC